CUGGGAGAGCAGCCCUUGACCCUCAGAGACAGGGACGAGGUGGCCGUUAUACCGCCCCUUAGUGGAGGCUAAAGAAAUUAUCAAGGUAUGGCUGCAGAUGGGGGUCAGGAUCUAAUUACACUCACUACUGACAAGCUUUCUGCUGAUAGUGUUUCUCAAUCUGUUACGUGUCCCUCCUGUGGUGCUGUAUCUCUGUUUAUUGGAACUACCAGAGAUAAUUUUGAGGGGAAGAAAGUGAUCCGGCUUGAAUAUGAAGCGUACAGUCCAAUGGCAGAGUCAGAGCUCAGGAAGAUCUGCUGUGAGAUCCGGACAAAGUGGCCCAGCGUCAGACACAUUAACAUACAGCAUAGACUUGGUGUGGUUCCUAUAACAGAAGCAAGUGUUAUAAUAGGGAUCUCGUCACCGCACAGAAGUGAUUCCCUAGAGGCAGUGAAGUACUGCAUCAACACACUCAAAGCUACUGUGCCAAUCUGGAAAAAGCAAAUAUACGAGUCUGGGGAGCCGUGCUGGAAAGAGAACAAGGAGUGUUUGUGGGCGGAUACUGGGAAAGAUCCCAAACAAAGUUGAACUGUUAACUAGCAAAUGAGCUACAGUAUAUCUCAUGAAGCAUCAAGAGGUUUUUAUUGAAAAAAUACAAAGUUCAAAGUUUUCCUGUAACACCUGAUGAAACAAAGAUUUUAAUCAAAAGAGCAUAUUCUACUCUUCUCUUGAAUAGAAAGUCUUAAAAAAGUACCAGUGCAAAAACAUGAUGUAAACAUUAAGGGAAAUCGUUGUCGUUUAUGUUGCCUUCGAUUAGUCAGGCCUCAAAGAUUUCCUAAAAACGCCACAUAACAGCAUCAGUAGAAGUUAAACCCUGAAUUCAUGUAGCAAUUUACUGACAACACUUUCAUAUACAUGCAAAUAUGUUUGACAUUUCAGAAGAUUUGACUACAUCAUAUAAUGCUUAGAUCAUUUGUUAAUGCAGUCAAAUUGUUUGAAAUGUCAUUAUACAUUUGCGGAUAACAUUAAGCUGUAUUUUAUGUUUAUAAAUGGCAAGUUAGUAAUAAGAAACAAUGCAGACAACACUUUAAAAAUGAACAUUUUUAAAUUAUUACAUCAUUUGUUAAUGUAAGAUUUAAUGUUAAGUUUUUAAAGUGUUUCUUAUUACUAACUUGAUUCAUUUGUGCAAGUAGUCAAAAUCAUUUAUUUUCUCAUGCAGUGUUAGUCAAUUUCCCUGAUGUGUUGCAUACAGUGGCACUGCUUACUACUGGAGUUAUUUGCUCAUGUUUACAUAGUAUGGACAACAGUGGCAGCGAUAGAAUUCACAAAAAAACCUGCUUUACCAGUGUUUUGCUGCUUUGGGCAUAAAACAUUUUUGAGUUUGCAAUUUGGUAUUGCUGAAAUGGUCUCGCUACAAUUUUGUGAAGGUUUCUUUUCACUGAUACUGUAUAAUUUGGAACAUAUGCCUGGUAUGCUUUAGAAUUUUUGGGAAUUUUAGUACUCCAGUAUAUAAAAUAAAUGAUCAAAUUUGUUCAAUUAAGUUAGUCAAUGACUCAAAGGUCCUUUUACUCAUAUGCCACAAAUUAUCUCUUUAGGCCUAGUAUGUUAGGGUAUGCGUACAUCUAAAAUCUUUGGUAUGGUGCGUGACCCUAUACGCACAUUCAGCCCAAUUUUUCUUAACCAUUUGUGCAAUGUAGUUAUGGGGAGUCAACGCCUAAAGCUGAUUCCUUGACUCUGAAUAGCCAUAGUCUUGGGGUCAACUCCAGCACAGGAAUCGACUCGUUGUCGACUCCAUUGCUGUGUCUGAAAUUCCUCACUCAUUCACUAGUCCCUAUAUAGUGCUCGCCAGUUGAGUGCACUAUAUCGGCAAGGAGUGAACCAAAUAAAGCCAGGAAAUCGGACACUGACUUCACUGGGUUGACACAGAAACAACUGUCACAAUGCCCUCACCCGGCCAUUAUAUUAAUUCGAAGAAUAUGUUCUCUCUCAUUCAUUUAACUCUGACAUGGCUGUUGUAUGUAUUGGCAACAACUAGAAAAUGGUGAUACUCAUAAUUUCAAAGUAAUGUAAUCUCUAAAUUGGAAUAAUUAGCCACGGUUAAAGUGUGUUAUUUUAAUGUUUCAAGUUUUUGUCACCAAAAAAAUUAAAAGAAUUUAGUGUGUAAUAUAAAGACUGCUAUAUUGUAAAGGUCCUUGCACACCGAGUUCGAAAUUUUUGUAUGCGUUUUUCUUUUUUUUUUCAUAUUCGUCAUCCUUUCCCAUCAAAAUGCUUCCUACGGAUGUGAAAACGCAGAAAAACAAACCUGGUCCUAAUUUUUUUUUAUGACGGACCAAAGUUUCGGAGGCAGUGUGUAAACAUGAUUGACACAACGUGAGGUCGUAUUUAUUUUUUAACGUGCGAAAAUUUCGGACUUGGUAUGAAAAGACCUUGUCUCUUCUUAUUGCUGACCCUGUAUGUAACAGCGAGUCGAUGGGGAGUCGACUCUGGAAGAACCCGCAAUCAAACAGGGUUAAGGCUAGAAGGUAUACAGCUGUGGCUACUGGGCAUGCACACAUCAAUAUAGCAUAAUUUUUGUCUCACUGUACAACAAUAAUUACUAUUUUUGCAUUAUUGUAAGGGGUAGGUUUAGGGUUGGGUUAGGU